AUGCCAUGGUACGUGGGUGCUGCCCGCGCGGAUACAGCGCAGGUACGCAGCAUCCCGGACUGGCUCGCUCCUCUGCGCACAGUGACAGAGAAAAAGCAACGGGGCAAAGGGCGGGCACACUGCCAUUUGCGCUCGAGUGCCCUCGUCGUCCCAUAUUACGCAGCGGCCGUCGCCAGCUCCCCAGGGUUUGCGUGCGUUGGAUGGGGGGCGCUGCACUAUAGACUAUCGACUUAUCGACUAUCGACUGUCGACUAUCGACUAUCGACUAUCGACUACCGGACUACCGCCUACCGCCUACCGACCACCGACCACCAAACUAUCGACUAUCGACGGCGUGCAUCAUUCGAUACACUUGACACUUUUUGCCUUUGCCUUUCGGCCAGCUCCAGCUCCAGCUCCAGCUCCAGCUCCAGCUCCUCGUCGCCCGCUAGUAUUGCUUUUACAGUACCUACAUAUACAUACUACAUACACUGUACAGGAGCACCCGCGGAUGCACACACCCCUCCCCCCUGUCCCCUCGUCUCGAUCUGCAUCUCUGCCCAAAAGAGCGCUGGAAGGGGGCCAGACAUGACUUCCUGGGGCAACUAUUCGGGCCUCUGUGCUAACACGAACGGCAUGCUGCCGCCUGCAGAUUAUAGUGGCCCGUCCAAAACACCUGGCUCUGCCACCCACGUUCUUGAUCCCCGUCUGAGUUUGCUUGCCGCGCUGAUCCCAGGAAUCUUCACCGCCAAGCACUGUCUGGACAUUGGCUGCAAUGCGGGCAGCGUAUCUUGCCAACUUGCAUUCGAUUUCGCUGCCACAGCCGUGACAGGAGUUGACAUCGACCCCGAACUGGUCAAGCAAGCCGAAAAGCUGCUAGCUCUCCGUGCCUGUCGUGUUCGACCUCCCGCCCAACACGCAGGACGCGUGGUGGACUACUUUCCAAUCUCGGCCGUGCUCACGUACGGCUACCGCAUCGAGCCGCUGAGUGAGGCUUCACGCAAGGCAGCGCCGCCAUCGACUAUUGCAAACUGGCCUUGUGUGAAUUUCCACUCGGCAGACUGGGUUACCUGCACUCGUCAAGAAGUAGCAGGCCCAUUCGAUGUCAUUCUGGCUCUAUCAGUCAUCAAGUGGAUCCAUCUGGAACAUCUCGACGGGGGUCUCGAGACCUUCUUUGCAAAGUGCUCCUCGUCGCUAAGAACUGGGGGACACUUUGUUGUCGAAUUGCAGACGUGGGACUCGUACGAGAAGGCUGUUCGCCCAAACACGGCUCCGCAUUUCAGCCAGCACAUGGAAGCUCUGCAUUACCGCCCAGAGACGUCAUUUGACAAGCUCCUGGCCAACGUUGGACUGGACCUUUGUGCCACAUCAGAUGCACUACCGCGCCGGAUCAACGUCUAUCGCAAGAACUAG